UUUGGCAUGUUUCGUUUUUAGAGUGAUCUUAUUUCUUUAUAACACCAAACGGCAUGGACUAGAGCUGGAAGUGUGCGUAUGUGUUCUUGUUUGUACUUCAUUCAUUGAUACUUUGUCGCUGUGUUUUUAUACAGCCAUCCGUGAGCGCGUGAACUUGGUUGACCAUGUCCAGAUGUUGAUCUCAAACCGAUUUAUAAUCCACGGGAUUAAAUGCCGCCGCUGAUGCUGCUGCUGUUGUGUUGGGUGAAGUAUUGUAUGCUGCAUUAAAGUCCUCAUCGCCAUGAAACGCGUCGUUUUCUUUCUGGCGUCUUUAUUCUUGACGGAGUGUUCAAGGAGACCUAUUAGAGAUGUCCUAGACGGCGAGUACGACCAGCUCAGCUCAAUGCUGUCAGACUUUGAUGUUCUUCAUCUGUCGAAUCUUCAACAACAUUCGGUUCGCAAGAGAGACGUUCAGUCGCACACACAUGCAGAGAGGCUUCUCAGUUUCACUGCAUUACAGAGGCAUUUCAAAUUGUACCUGGCAACCAACACUGAGCUUUUCACUCAUGACUUCAAUGCCAUGGUGGUUGAGGAGGAUGGCACUCAGGAGAUCUAUGAAGUCCAGAGGGAAAACUUUUUCACCGGUCAUGUUGUUGGUGAAGUGCAUUCUCGAGUCCAAGCACAUAUCGGCGACAAUGACUUCACUGCCCACAUUCUUACUGAUGAAGCUGAAUACAACGUUGAGCCACUGUGGAGGUUUAUUGAAGACCCCCGGGACGGUCGGCUACUUGUAUAUCGCUCUGAGGACAUCAGAAAUGUGAGCCGGCUGGCAGCUUCUAAAGUGUGUGGGUAUAUCAACACAGAUGCUAGUGAGAUGCUGCCAGAGAGUGUACGGGCCAGAGUACUAGAUAAAGAUGAUGAGGAGAACGGGCAUCUGAGGGAGAGGAGGCAAACCGUGGACCACAGUAAGAACACUUGCCCCUUGCUACUUGUAGCCGACUACCGCUUUUUCAGAAACAUGGGCCGUAAGGAGGAGAGCACCACCCUUAACUACUUGAUUGAGCUGAUUGAUCGUGUGGAUGACAUUUAUCGGAAUACAUCAUGGGACGAGGAGUAUAAAGGGUAUGGAGUUCAGAUUCAGCAGAUCAUAAUUAACAAGACACCCACACAAGUAGAGCCAGGAGGUGCCCACUUCAACAUGAAAGGAACCCCAGUAAAGAACAGAGAUGUCUGGGAUGUCAAGAAGCUGCUGGAGCAAUUUAGUAUUGAUAUCGCAGACAAUGCAUCAAAGGUGUGCUUGGCUCAUCUGUUCACAUAUCAGGAUUUUGACGAAGGCACUUUAGGCUUGGCUUACGUGGCCCCGUCCAAACCCGGCUUUCCCGGAGGGCUCUGCUCUGAGAAGUGUCCUUCAGGAAAUGACAACCGUGCAGUAUACCUUAACACUGGCCUAACCAGCACCAAAAAUUAUGGAAAAACCAUUCUUACUAAGGAAGCAGACUUGGUUACAACCCACGAGCUUGGCCACAAUUUUGGUGCCGUGCAUGACCCAGAUGAUGUGCCAUAUUGUGCACCAAGAGAGGAUCAGGGGGGCAAAUAUGUAAUGUACCCUAUUGCAGUGAGUGGGGACCACUCCAACAAUAAACUGUUUUCCAACUGUAGUAAGAUCUCCAUAGCAAAGAGACUGCAGUCCAAAGCCCCCAGCUGCUUCAGAGAGAGGAACAGCAAUGUGUGUGGAAACUCACGGGUGGAGCAAGUGGAGGAGUGUGAUCCUGGUCUGCUUCACCUCAACAGUGACCGCUGCUGCACUGCUAACUGUAAACUGCGGCCCAAUGUGGAGUGCAGUGACAGGAACAGUGCAUGCUGCAAAGACUGCAUGUUUGAGACGCAUGACAAGGUGUGUCAGGAGCCAAUGGAUGCCACUUGCAAGGGCAGGUCUUACUGUACUGGCAACAGCAGUGAGUGCCCUCCUCCAGAGAACCUGCCCGACAAGACUAUCUGUGUGGAUAACGGGCGGUGUCUGAAUGGAGAGUGCAUCCCUUUCUGUGAGGCCGUUAAAAACCUGCAGUCGUGUGCUUGCAAUGACACAAACAACUCUUGUAAGGUGUGCUGCAGGGAUAAGAGUGGUGUGUGCUCACCUUAUGUUGACAACAAGGGCAUCCCCCUCUUUCUGCGGAAAGGCAAACCCUGUACACUGGGCUUCUGUGAUGGAGCUGGCAAAUGCAUGAAACAGGUCCAGGAUGUUAUAGAGAGGUUGUGGGAUUUCAUUGAGAAGCUCGACAUCAAUACUUUUGGGAAGUUCUUGGCAGAUAACAUUGUUGGCUCAGUGGUGGUUUUCUCUCUGCUCUUCUGGAUCCCUCUCAGCAUUCUGGUGCACUGUGUGGAUAAGAAACUUGACCAGCAAUAUGAACUGAACUCCAAGUCACUCUUCUACCCCAGUAACGCAGAGCUGCUGAGCAGUCUAGAAUCAGCAUCGGUGCGGAUCUUCAAACCAACAUCCUCCUCUGGCAUCUCUGCUGUGCCACGCUUCCAGGCAUCUGGCCCUCUGCAGACAAGCACCCCACCUGUCUCCCUCUCCCAGGUGGCUCCAGCCCCGGCCCCAUGUCCUCUGUCCACCAUGGAGCCCCAACGCAUGGCAACCAUCCAAGAAGAUCCCAGCUACGAUUCCCACCUAGAUGAGCAAGCCCUGGGAGAGGACUUCCCUACCUCUGGCUCUGCAUCACGCUCAUUUGAUGAUCUGACGGAGAACCGAGAGAACAUCAUGUCCUUCAGGGUGAAGAGACAUGCACAGAGUAACAGCAAAGAGACAGAAUGUUGAGUGCAUGAUUGGGAUGAAUGUGAGGAUGAAUGAACGAAUGAGGGAGUAUAUUAUUUGGAAUGCUCAAAUGUGAGCAUUGGGAUGUAAUAUAUGCUUACAUUUCCAGUAUUGCAAAUAUCCAGAUUGCAGUAUGAUUUAAAAGCACUGGACUUCUGUCAAGGAACAAAAGGCACAAAUUGUUCAGUGACCAGGCAUUAAAUGGGAAUUAAUCCUGUUAGGAUUAUGCAAUACGCACACACACACACACACACACACACACACACACACACACACACACACACACUGGAGAGCAACAGGGUUAAACACACAUGACCAGUUUCAUUGUUAAAGGUACAGUUCACCCAAAAAUGAAAAUUCUCUCAUCAUUUACUCACCCUCAUUCCAUCCCAGCUGUAUGACUUUCUUUCUUCAGCCAAACACAAAUUAAGAUUUUUAGAAAAAUAUCUCGGCUCUGUAGGUACAUACAAUGUUAGUGAAUUUUUAUCAGAAUUCUGGAGUGCCAAAAAUCACAUAAAGCAAACAUAAAUCCAUAUCUUCAGAAGUGAUAUAAUAGGUGUGGGUGAGAAACAAAACAAUAUUUAAGUACUUUUUUUAAUCUAAAUCUCCAAUAAAAGGUCCAAUAAAAUUUUCAGAUGAGAAAGUGAAACUAAACAGGCAGCACAAGUGACUUUCAGGUGUAAAAGUGAAAGUUUCCUUGAUUUUGGAGCUCCAAAGUUCUGAUCACCAUUCACUUGCAUUGUAUGGACCUACAGAGCUGAGAUAUGUUCAGCUGAAGAAAGAAAGUCAUACACAUCUGGGAUGGCAUGAGGGUGAGUAAAUGAUAAGAUAAUUUUCAUUUUUGGGUGAACUAUCCCUUUAAAGGCUGUACACGCCAGUACUGAGUUGUUUACAGGUCUGUUUUCGUUUAAGGGAUUUAGUAGAUGCUAACAGAUACCCAUUAUGUUUUCUAAUAUUAAGUUUUACAUGUAUAUGCUCUGACAUUCACCAGCAAAUGGCAUUUUAUAACCUUUAAGACCAUAAUCUGGUGCUCUCACUUUUUUAUUGUUUGCAAAAGACAAUCUAACUCAUUUUUAGAGGCAUUAUUAUAUUUUCAGAUUUUCCUUCUGGGAAAUACUUGUUUGGUUUAUUGCUUUUUUUUGUACUGUGCUUGAAUGCUAGCUGUUACCUAUACAGUUGUUCCAGCAUACAUAUUUUUCACUGACUCAUUGGUUUUGUAUUUAACACCAAAGUCAUUGUAUACUUAAAAAGAGACAAUAAGCUUUAUUUCUUCAAGCUAUUGAAAUUUUCUGCAUCACAAUAUGCAAGAAUAUGUAUCUUGCAGGCUGCUCAUAAAAGAAUGUGUACUGAUAUUGAAAUGCGCUGAGAACAGUAUAUAAAGUGCCUUGAAUAUUUGUUUUUCAUUUGUCUUAGAAAUAGUUUUUAUAAAAUAUAAAUUACAGUAAUCCUCAAUGUGUCAUUUGUAAGUGGCUAAAAAUCACCUUAUUCAACAAUAGCUUUUGAGAUAUUCAAAACAUUUGUUAUGUGGGCUGUUUGUUCAGUGUAUGAAUAUGAAAUUGGGUUAUCAAGUGUACUAGUGUCAUUUUCUGUCUGAAGCUCUUGUAAAAGUACUAAUUAGUGAAAACAUGCUAUGUGAAAUCCUGAUCUCUGGUGUCAAAUCCUGUGAAACCUUGUUCAAGAUUAAAGGGAUGGUUCUGUCAAUCUUUUCAUUCUCACAUUGUUACAAACCAAAGACUUUUAUUUUCCUUUUUAGACUUUAGGCAGAAUGACAGCCUCAGUUAGCAUAAAAAAGAUGCAUUGAAAGUGAAUGAUGACUGAGGUUUACAUGCUACCCAACAUCUUUUUUGUUCCACAGUAGAAUAUCAUAUUGGUUUGGAAUUACAAGAGGGUGAAUAAAUGACAGCAUUUUCAUUUUUGGUAAACUUUCCUUUUAAGAACAGUCCCUACAUGGUUCCCCAAAACACUUUAAUGGGAUGAGAGAAAGUAUUGAAUAUUAAGACAGUGUUUUGUAUCAAUGUGUUAAAUGUUUAUAUAACUUAAUAAA